AUGAGUACCAUGGCUUCCUCUGAGGUUGAUUCGCUCCUAGCGAGCAUUACGUCUUCCCUGUCCGAGUAUAAGACCUCUGGGAGUGAGGCCUCCAGGUUCGAAGCCCUGGAAAAAACCAAAGAUUUAACCUUGGUGCUGGAAAAGCCAGCCGACAUGAUUUAUAAGCUCUUCUUUUCGCUAAUAGCAAUAAAGCCGACUGUGCCUAUGGCAGUCAAGGUAGCCAGUGAUAUGGAGAUAUUCGCUGUACUGAACGAGGCAACGGGUCCUGUGACUUGGAAGGAGCUGGCUGCUCCAAGGAAUGCUGCUAGGGCUCUUGUUGAGCGCAUUAUGCGUGUUUUGGUUUGCUAUGGCUUUGCGAAGGUGCAUGGCCCCGGAGAAUACACUUCUACCCCCCUCGCCACGGAGAUGAAUAAGAAAGGAAUCGGUGCAUUGAUGGAUUUCAUGUUUCUCGAUUGCCUGCCCGUUAUUCAGAAAAUACCUAUGUUUUUGAAGCACAAGGAUUACCAGAACCCUGGAAAUCCCCUUGACGGACCGGUACAAUAUGCCUAUCAUUUCCCUCAUACCUGUUGGGACUGGUUCGCAUGCCAUCCAGUAUCCAUGGAACGUUUCAACUCCUUUAUGGAGGUGAACCGUGGUAGUCUUUCCCACUGGGCCGAUUGGUACCCCAUACAGCAGCGACUCUUGGAAGGAUUAGAGGACGGGCCGUUCCUUGUUGAUGUCGGUGGCGGCCACGGCCAUGAGCUACUUGGAUUCAGGCAGAGAUUCCCGGAUGUUCCUGGCCAGUUGGUAUUGGAGGACCUGCCAGAAGUCAUCGAUGGGUUGGAAUCCUUGGACCCGGAAAUCAAGAGGGUCAAGCAUGACUUUUUCCAACCUCAACCUGUCAGAGAUGCUCGUGUCUACUACUUCAAGUUUGUCAUGCACGACUGGCCUGAUGACAAAUGUCGCAUUAUCCUUGACCACACGAAAGCAGCGAUGAAGGAGGGCUACUCCAAGCUUCUAAUUGAAGACUUUAUAGUAUCUGAACUUCAGCCAGCACCUCGUCAUACCAUGAUGGAUAUGGUCGUCAUGGCCCUUUGUCCUGGGAUUGAGCGGACCCAAGAGAUGUGGACUGACUUGCUCAACUCGGCAGGGCUGGAAAUCAAUGAGUUCUGGACUCAUCAGCCUGAUGGUCUAGGAAUUAUUGAGGCAGAGCUGCGCCCUACAGCCUAG